AUGGUUGAAUCACAGGCUAACAAUGAGAUGCUUCAAGCGAAACCGUUGGGUGUUAGGAAUAAAAUAUUCAGAAAGAACAGUGAACAUCAAAAUUGGCUAGAUUCCACUGAACCCACGUAUGAUAGAGGAUUUAUACAGGAUGUUAGAAAGACAAUUUCUAUCUUAACAAUGUUCACUACUCUUCCAAUGUUUUGGGCACUAUUGGACCAAUUGUAUGUAUACCCGUUUCUGACAACACGUUCGAUACUCACAAAUCCGCUACACAAGCUGACUUUAGGUGGAGUGGUGGCAGCGUUAGCAUUUGUCAUGUCCGGAAUCGUAGAGAUUUAUAUUAAAACAACAGACCCUGUACUGCCUGAACCCGGAUUUUCACAACUCCGUAUUUAUAACGGCAACCCUUGUUCAAUAUUAAUUCAAAAUGUCCAGCAAAAUAUUAUGUAUACUAUUCCAUCUCUGUCACAUUUCACUAACAAACAAAUGAAUGUGAAAAAUACGACGGAGGUUCGAUUAAGAUUUGAUGGGAGCUGCAUCGAAGCCCAAGAUGAAAUAUUUUCUUUGGAAGACAAUAUGGCUGUAUCGUUUUUUAUAUCUGGCAAUAAUAUUGAAAGGUUUACAGAGACUGUGGAUAAAAGUAAAUCUGGUCUACCAGUUGUUAGAUUUCUCCUAACAGAUAAUAUUGAAUCAAAUUUGAGUCUUUUCAAUGAAAUUCAUAAAGAAGUUGAGGUAUAUCUGUCCGCUGGAAUUAGUUCACAAAUGGAAGUAUUUAUGGCAGAAUAUACUAUAAGAGAUGGUUAUACGAUAAUUGCUCGCAAUAUAAAAAUGGAUAAUGGUGGAGUAUAUAACAUUAUAAUGGACAAAGUUGAUAAUAAUUAUGAAACGAAUAUGGUAACUAUAACACAACCCAACUCUAUAACAAUGGCGUGGUUGUUACCACAGUUACUGAUGAUCGCUAUAGCCGAGGUGUUGUUUGCGAUUACCGGUAGUGAGUUCAUAUUCAAAGAGGCUCCGGAGAGUAUGAAGUCAGUGAUGACUGCUGCCUGGUUGAUAAUUGAAGCUAUAGGGAAUAUUAUCAUCAUUGUUAUCACAAGAAUUUUUAUCGAUUUUUCACAGGUUUCUCAUCUGACGCACGGCGUCUGGUGGAGGGUGUCUGCCCUCUGCGCACAGCCGGUCGCAGUGCCAGUACACAUCAGCGAGGGACCUGGCGUCUAA